CGUCCGCCGGAUCGUUCUCUCUCCUUCACCCGCCCCAAAAACCAUUUUGUUUCUGUUGUCACCAGACUCAAACCCUCGAGGAGACCAUGGAGCAUGACCCGCGCCGCCGUUCCACCGUGUGCCAGGGUCCCUCCCCAGCUCCCCUACCUGGCGGCGGCCUCCAAGUCGUUGCGGCUCGCCCGGCCGAGGCGUGCGUCCAUACCCUGGUCGCGACCCCGUCCCCGCAACCCCGAUCCGGUCAUGGCGUCGUCGAUCUUCCACCUGACCAGUGCAGCAACCCACUCGGGCUUCGAUGGCUACCUCAAGCGCCGGCAAGUUUCAGCGGCGCUCUCUGCCUCGUUAGCCCCUUCGGCAUUCUGGUUUCGGGUCCACGAAAAAUGCAGAUUCGAGCAAAGAGCAGUUCAUGAAAUACUGAAAUACUAUGCAAGAAAGGUUGCCACCAUGCCACCAGAUGGUGGUUUACGAUGUUAGAGUUGGCAUCAUUCAACCAACAAUUGAGGUGCGCUUCGAGCACCUAAAGGCAGAUGCGGAAGUUUGUGUUGGGAACAGAGGACUGCCGACCAUUAUGAACUCAGUAAACAACAUUUUUGAGCUGCAAAUGCUCUGCACAUACUGCCAAGCACUAAGCAGACGAUGCCAAUCCUCCAUGGCAUCAGUGGCAUUAUCAAACCUUUUGUCAUUGUACAGAAUGACACUGCUUCUAGGCCCACCAGGAUCAGGAAAGACAACUUUGCUGCUUGCAUUGGCUGGGAGGCUUGGCAAUGAUCUUCAGGUUUCAGGCAAAGUCACUUAUAAUGGGCAUGAAAUGGAUGCUUUUGUGCCCGAGAGGACGGCCGCAUAUAUAAGCCAGCAUGACCUUCACAUAGGAGAGAUGACUGUUCGUGAGACGCUCGCUUUCUCUGCAAGGUGCCAAGGAGUUGGACAUUUAUACGAUUUGCUUCUUGAGUUGUUAAGACGAGAGGAAGCAUCCAACAUCAAGCCUGAUGCUGACAUUGAUGUUUUUAUGAAGGCAGCUGCAUUGGGAGGGCAAGAAGCCAAUAUGGUCAUUGAGUACAUACUAAAGAUAUUGGGACUAGAAGUAUGUGCAGACACAAUGGUAGGGGAUGAGAUGUUCAGGGGUAUAUCUGGUGGACAGCGGAAACGUGUUACCACAGGUGAGAUAUUGGUUGGAUCAGCAAGAGCACUAUUCAUGGAUGAUAUCUCCACAGGCCUUGACAGCUCAACAACAUUCCAAAUCAUAAACUUCCUCAGGCAGGCCAUCCACAUCCUAAGCGGGACAGCAGUCAUCUCCUUGCUACAACCUGCACCUGAGACGUACAACUUGUUUGAUGACAUCAUACUCCUCUCGGACGGGCAGGUCGUGUACCAUGGGCCCUGCAAGGACGUGCUCGACUUCUUUGAGUCCAUGGGAUUCAAAUGCCCUGAGAGGAAGGGUGUCGCCGACUUCUUGCAAGAAGUAAUGUCAAGAAAAGAUCAGAAGCAGUACUGGGCAUGGCAUAACCAGCUCUACCAGUAUGUAACGGUAAAGGAAUUUGCUGAGGCAUUUCAUUUAUUCCAUGUCGGCCAAACCAUGGCAAAUGAAAUUGCGGUGCAGUUUGACAAGAGCACAAGCCAUCCUUUAGCACUGACUACCUCAAAGUAUGGUGUAAGCACAAAAGAGCUGCUGAAAGCCAAUGUUGACCGGGAGUUUCUGCUCAUGAAGAGGAACUCAUUCUUUUAUGUGUUCAGAAUUGUACAGCUGAUCCUGUUGUCGGUCAUCGAGAUGACGUUAUUCUUCCGUACAGAGAUGCACCGCGAUUCUGUGGCAGAUGGAGGCAUCUACAUGGGUGCACUCUUCUUUACUACGAUCAUGAUCAUGUUCAACGGUUUUUCGGAGCUACCGCUCACCAUUUUUAAGCUCCCGGUUUUUUUCAAGCAAAGGGAUCUGCUCUUCUGUCCUGCAUGGACAUACACUGUACCCUCUUGGAUUCUCAAGAUCCCCAUCACAUUUGUCGAGGUUGGCGGGUUUGUUUUUGUAACCUAUUAUGUCAUUGGAUUUGAUCCAGAUGUAAUCAGGCUUUUCAAGCAAUAUUUGCUUUUCUUAGCAGCCAAUCAGAUGGCAUCUUCACUCUUCAGGUUCAUUGCUGGCGCAGCAAGAAACAUGAUUGUUGCAUAUGUCUUUGGAUCAUUUGCGUUGCUAGUCUUUAUGCUUUUGGGUGGAUUUGUCCUGUCAAGAGAUAGCGUGACGAAAUGGUGGAUUUGGGGAUACUGGAUCUCUCCACUGAUGUAUGCACAGAAUGCAGCAUCGGUGAAUGAGUUCUUGGGGCAUAGCUGGCAGAAGGUGUUGCCAGGUUCGGUGGAGCCCCUUGGUGUGCUAGUCCUCAAAUCCCGUGGAGUAUUUCCAGAGGCUAUGUGGUAUUGGUUUGGAUUUGGCAUGCUGCUUGGAUUCACUAUGCUCUUCAACUCUCUCUUCACUUUCUGCCUUGCAUAUCUCAAGCCGUAUGGUCACUCCUAUCCAUCAGUAUCAGAAGAGGUGCUGUCGGAGAAGCAUGCAAACCUGAUUGGCAGUGCUCAUCAGGCAAGUGGCAGCUACAACGGAACAGAGUCAUCUAUUGUUGAUCCUAAUUCUAUGCCUGCGCGAAAGGGAAUGAUUCUCCCCUUCGUUCCACUCUCUCUUAGUUUCAACAAUAUACAAUACUCCGUUGAGAUCCCAUGGGAAAUGAAAGCACAAGUGCUGGAAGAUAAGCUGGAGCUCCUAAGGGGUGUCAGCGGGUAUUUUAGGCCAGGAGUGCUGACCACACUGAUGGGCAUUAGUGGUGCUGGCAAGACAACUCUAAUGGAUGUGUUGGCUGGAAGAAAGACCAGUGGAUACGUCAAGGGAAACAUCAGCCUUUCUGGCUAUCCUAAGAAGCAAGAGACGUUUGCGCGCAUUUUGGGGUACUGUGAGCAAAAUGAUAUCCACUCUCCACAUGUGACGGUGUAUGAAUCGCUAUUGUUUUCAGCGUGGCUCCGACUAGCAGAGGAUGUGGACUCAAAUAUAAGAAAGAUGUUCAUUGAGGAGGUGAUGGCGCUUGUGGAGCUGUCACCGAUGAGAAAUGCUUUGGUUGGACUGCCUGGAGUGAAUGGCCUGUCAACCGAGCAGAGGAAAAGGCUGACUAUUUCUGUGGAGCUUGUUGCAAACCCUUCAAUCAUUUUUAUGGAUGAACCAACAUCAGGACUUGAUGCCCGAGCAGCAGCAAUUGUCAUGAGGACAAUAAGAAACACUGUUGAUACUGGUCGAACUGUGGUGUGCACAAUUCAUCAGCCUAGCAUCGACGUAUUUGAAGCUUUUGAUGAGCUUUUCCUGCUGAAGAAAGGUGGGGAAGAGAUCUAUGUAGGUCCACUGGGCCGUCAUUCUUCAGAACUGAUCAAGUACUUCGAGGCAAUUGAAGGAGUCAGCAAAAUCACAGAUGGCUAUAAUCCAGCAACGUGGAUGCUAGAAGUGACAACAGUUUCACAGGAACAGAUAUUAGGCAUUGAUUUCAGUGAUAUAUACAAGAAAUCUGAACUCUACCUGAGGAACAAGGCCUUGAUACAUGGGCUGAGUACUCCACCAGCUGGUUCGGGAGCCCUCUACUUUCCUACCAAGCAUUCCAGGUCUUUCUUCACGCAAUGCUUGGCUUGCCUUUGGAAGCAGAACCUGUCGUACUGGAGAAAUCCCCAGUAUAAUGCUGUCCGUUUUUUCUCCACAUCCAUUAUAGCCCUACUCUUUGGCACCAUAUUCUGGGGUCUUGGCACCAAAAGAGAAAAACCACAAGACUUGUUCAAUGCAAUGGGCUCAAUAUAUGCCACAGUUCUCACUAUAGGCGUGCUCAAUUCAGCAUCAGUUCAGCCAGUGGUGGCUGUCGAGCGAACUACCUUUUACCGGGAAAAAGCAGCUGGCAUGUACUCAGCAUUCCCAUAUGCGUUUGGACAGGUCGUAAUCGAGAUCCCCUACACAUUGGUUCAGUCUGGAAUAUAUGCAGUGAUAGCGUAUCCCAUGAUCGGAUUCGAGUGGACGGUACCUAAAUUCUUCUGGUAUCUCUUCUUCAUCUACUUUACAUUGCUCUACUUCACCUUCUACGGUAUGAUGGCAGUCGGGGUGACGGAGAACCACACCAUAGCAUCCAUUGUAUCAUCUUCCUGCUACGCCGUAUGGAAUCUCUUCUCCGGGUUUGUGAUUCCCAGAACUAAAAUUCCUAUCUGGUGGAGAUGGUACUACUGGCUGUGCCCUGUAGCAUGGAGUUUGUACGGGAUGGUCGUGUCGCAGUACGGUGAUGUGGAUGAUCCACUCUACGACGGUGUCACCGCCACCACCGUGGCAGGAUUUGUCAGCGACUACUUCGGCUUUGAGCACAACAGCUUGAUGGUGAUUGGUGUAAUCGUUGUAGCAUUCGGGCUGCUCUUUGCAUUCUUGUUCGGUCUUGCAAUAAUGAAGCUCGAUUUUCAUAGGAAAUGAUGUGCGGAACACUUCAAGACGUGUAGUUUGAAAUGUUGGCCCGGUCUUUGCUAGGUAGAGUACAGCCCUGACAUCCAGUACUUGAGUUCGUUCCUAAAACUUCACAUUUGGAUCUUGGAUGUUCUUUUUCCUUUUAAUUGUUAUUUUGCUGUUUUGCUGUCUA